AUGCAACAAAGCAUUGAUGAAAAGCAAAGCAUCAAAAAUCAGAUAGUGAUAAAGCAAUUCUCUACUGAGGGAGAGAAGAAAAGCAAAGACUCAGAACCACCCGCACUUGCUAAGUAUGAUGAUAUGGUUACAAAAGUCUACACACUUCAGGAAAGCAAAUACUUUCUAAAAAUGUGGAAGCUGAAAGCAGAACAAGCCAAAGACAAACUGCCAGGAGAAGCAAUUUUUUCCCUGGAUGAGGUUCGGGAACACAUUUAUAUCCCAGCCAUAGAGGAUUUUCAAAAAACCUAUUGGUCCCUCAGAGACUCCUUCAUCAGUUUUGGUAACAUUGAAAGGCAAUUUGACAUGCUGAUGAACAAAAAAGAGCUGCUCAAGGAGUUUGAAAUCAUGGAGAGCAGUAUUGGAGAACCAGGCAGUGAGCCCAGUUGGGUGAAGGCUGCAAUGGAUAAGAUUGACAUCUAUGAGACAUUGUCCACAGUGGUGCAGCCUGCCAGAAUGAUCAAUGAGCUACGAAGACAGCUUGGUCUGGAUGGAGAUUUCCAAAUCCUCGAUGACCUGACCAGAUAUGGUGAGGAAUACUUCAAGAACAAGAGACUUGAUUAUAUAACCAAUGAUGUCAAGGAGGUGAAAGAGACUUUGAGUAACUUAUCAACGAAUGUACUGAAUUUCUUGAAAGAACUCCUUCGAUGUACAGAAAAGGCUUUUGUCUCUUGGGUCAAAGAUGUCAUAAAAGACAAAACAGAACUUCCCACGUUUGUGGACUUGGCAUCUAUUUCUGCAGGAGAAAAUGACAUGGACAUCGAUAAAGUGCGGUUCUUCCGAGAUGCUAUCUCUGUCUCUGGGCCCAUCAUUUUUGAUUUGCAAUCUACAUCAGGUUUUAAAGACUUCCAUGAAGCCUUACAUCCCAUCAGAGACGCUAUAGUAAAUGACGAUAAACUUCCGGAGAAGCUAAGGGAUUCCUGUGACAACAAAGAGUGGCUGCAAAUGGUCCAUGACUGCCAUGGGUCUGUAGAGCGCUCCUCUGUAUCUCAAGCUAGAGCCAUCAACAGCAAAGGGAUUUUUAUCAUCUCUGCACCUCAGAAACUUAAGCCUUCUCUUGAUGAUUGUAUUUCAUUGAAACUGCCAGAGGAUGAUGCCAAAAGUGCUUCCCAGCAAGCUGGUACAGGCAAGAAGGUGUACAGCCUUGCUCAGCUCACAGAAUUGCAGAACAAGCUCAUGCUGAUAGCCACAAAGGUUGAACACGGGCAAGAGGAGGUGAAAAGGUUCUUAGAGAUCCUAGAAAAAGUCAGGAUGGUUGGAAAGCUGUAUUUGGAGCUUCUUGAUAUUGGCAACAUCCUUUUCAUAGACUGGAAAGCUGAACUUAAGUGCAGCCACGAGCACAAUAUAAAUAUCUAUGUAGAAUUUGGAAUAUCUGGGGUCCUCGUUCAGAGCAACAGGCCUUUCCUGGAAGAGUUAAGUGGUAUUUGCAAAGCCAUGGAGCGUUGUCUCAUAGAGUGGAAGAAAUAUCUGGAGAUUCAGAGGAACAAUUAUUACCAUCUCAACAUGUUCACUGCUCGCCAGCUUUUCUACUUAUGUAGCAAGCUGGCCACACCGAAUGAAACAGAAGUGGAUUUGCAGGUUCUUAACUUGCUUUCAGUAUUCAAGCAUGACAUUACAAUAGAGGAUAUCAGAGAUGCAUUAAACAAAGCACUCAACACGCCAUCAGAAUCCAUCAAUGUGGUAGGGGAAGAUGACAAAUCAAUGACCUGGUUCAACUACACUGUUAAAUUUCCUCAGCUUAUCCAGGGUCUCGUUGAGUGUGGGUAUGAUGAAUCAGUUAUUAAGGCUGGACUGCAAAGUUACUCCCCAAAUGCUGCCAUUACUGAACAGAUGCUCAUGGAUUAUGCCUUUGACCAUGGCGACAAUGAGGAAGAGAUCGAAGAAUUUAGCAAAUUAUAUGAUGAGCAGAGAGAGGAUUUUCUUCAGGAAUCAAGGAAGUUUAAAAACAGGAGCACAGAAACAGAACACUGUGCUUUCAGCAGUCUUACAAAAGAUGAAUUAGCUGUUUCAUUUGAAGGCUUGCUAUCUAUUGAAGACAAGGUGAAUCUGCUCUGGGAUGCCUACUGCAGCAGGCUCACUGGCCUGGUGUCAGACAGGUACAUCAGUCUGGAUCUUUUUGGUGAAAUGCUAAAACAUUUAGCAACUGUUGAAACCUCUCGUAUUGAGAGAAAUUUACCAGCAGGUGUUGAAGCAGGAAGACCUUGUCUUGUCAUGUGUAAAGAAGAAGAGAUGCUGCGCUACAUGCUGUCUGUCUACCAAUGCACAGAAAAUGCACCUCUUCCAACAUACGAAGAGGUCCUGGUGUGCACGUCUGAGACAGAGGAGGAAGACAUUGAGCUGAUUGUCAGGAGAGCUCUUUCCCUGGGCUCCAAACACAAGAAGAUCUACUGCUUGCUGGGUGCAGACAAAUUGGUUUACAAAGUUUCCAAACAGCUGGAGUUCCAGUUUUUCCACUUGGCGCAGUCCUCCUGUGUCCCUGACUACAGGUUCCUUAUCUUCUGCGAUGCCAAAGCUCACAGUUCUUAUAUUGUCACAGCCUUUGACAACUAUAAAGUUCCUCUUUCCUGUAACUCAGAAGCAGAGAUUCAGCAAUACCUGAGGACACACCUGACGGUAUCCAGUGCACCUGCCAUUCGGGCCUUUGAAAAGCCCUACCAACAGAAUGUAAAGUUUGUGUUUUCAGAGGAAGCCGGCAUGGGAAAAUCUUUGUUUGCGGCAAAUACCAUUAGAAAGGCAAAAGACCUCUUGGAGAAUGCUGGCCUGGCCCACAAAACCAUUCGGAUGACAGAGUCCAAAAUAGAUUUUGGAUUCCUCGUGAAGGAACUUUGCUCACUGGAAGAGAAGCCAACCGAAGCUGUGCCCCGGAUCUUCCAUAUCGAUAUCUCCCCGGUGGUAAGUGUCUUUGGGCUAGAGUCUAGUUCAGGUUCAUGUGCCUAA